ACAAAUCUCGGCAGCCCCCGCGCCCUCGCCAGAYCACCGCCGCUGGCGGCGCGCCGCGGUGCACGCUGGGAUUUGUAGUCCUGCCGCUUCCCCUCAGGAGCCCGGGCGGAGCAGGGCACCCGGUGCUUUGGGGCGCGCCGCUGCUGAAGCGGCGGUACCGGGGAGCGGGCGGGAACCCACCUCCUUCAGCGCCCGGCGGCGGUCCGGUUCUUCCCUUUCCAGCUCUCACGUGAGGCGAUCGCCUGUGGACUCCCCGCCCAGUGCCCACCGCGCCGCUGCGGCCGCCCCCGGGGGCCAUCUUGGGUGUGGCGGAGGGGGGUUCGUGAGGGGGGCAGCGCUGUGAGCGGGGAGACAGGGCGGGCUCGGCUUCGUAAUGGUUUGGUUUUGACAAAACGUGUGGUUUAAAGCUGCGUGGGUCAGCGGGGAGCGCUGGGGAAGGGGCGGUUUGUCACCGAGAAGGUGGAGGGSUAGUGGCCAGGGAGCGCUGAGGGGAGGGAGGCACCGUCAGUCUGAGGGCGAAGUUCAGGUCGCGCUCCUGCCCCGUCCUUGGGAGCCCGCACUGCAAGUGGCGGCUUGUGGGGCACCAGGAACCGUGAGGGMUCAGCAUGGUGGGUGUUGGGCCGCCUGUCUGUGCUGGGCAAGGUGACAGCCAUCCCCUCAUGGCUGCUACGGACAGCCCCGGGCCCACCUGUGUGCUGGGCAUUGACCUGGGCACGACGUCGGUGAAGGCAGCGCUGGUGACAGGGACAGAGCGAGGGCUGGCGGUGGCACAGAGCUGCUCCAGGGAGACGCAGGCACACAGCGAUAGCCUGGAAGCUGCASCGCAGGGAAUGGAGCAGAAUGUCCAGAAAAUCAUAAAAGCACUGAAUGAAUGCCUUGCUGCUCUGCCUCAGCAGCAGCUUCAGCGAGUCACCCACAUUGGUAUUUCAGGACAAAUGCAUGGGGUUGUGUUUUGGAAAAGUGAUAAAGGUUGCAAGUGGGCAGAGGGUGGCACAGGCCCUGCCUUUGAGCCAGACAAGGUCAGUCACUUGGUCACUUGGCAGGAUGGCCGCUGCAACCCCACCUUCCUCUCUUCUCUUCCCCUGCCACAGUCACACGUGAGCUUGGCUACAGGAUUUGGAUGUGCCACAGUCUACUGGUAUUUAAAGAACAGUCCAGAUUUUCUGAAGUCUUAUGAUGCAGCUGGCACUAUCCAGGACUAUGUGGUUGCCAUGUUGUGUGACCUGAAGAAGCCACUCAUGUCUGUCCAGAAUGCUGCCAGCUGGGGRUAUUUUAACUGCAGAAACAAGAGCUGGAACACUGACAUACUGAAAAAAUCCAGCUUUCCUGUUCACUUGCUUCCAGAGGUGGGAGACCCUGGCGGCAUUGCAGGCAGGACAGCCUGUGCAUGGCAUGGAAUACCCAAGGGAGCAAAAGUAGGAAUUGCUCUGGGAGAUUUCCAGUGUUCUGUUUAUUCCUGCCUGACUGAGAGGACUGAUGCAGUUCUUAAUAUCAGUACCUCUGCUCAGCUGACCAUCUCAAUGCCCUUGGGUUUCCAACCACCAGAGGCACCAGAUCCUUCCUCAGCUGUCACUUAUUUUCCCUACUUCAAUGGUGACUACUUGGCAGUGGCAGCAUCACUUAAUGGAGGAAAUGUGCUUGCAGCAUUUGUGGGAAUGGUGGCACAGUGGACACAAGAGCUGGGACUUCAGGUUCAGGAAUCUGCCAUCUACCCAAGGAUAAUCCAAGCAGCCUUGACCCAAAAGYCCAGCAAACUCUCCGUCCAGCCAACCAUAUUUGGAGAGAGACACCUUCCUGAGCAGUUGGCAUCAGUGASCAACAUUGAUGGCACAGAGCUGUCCCUGGGCCAUGUCACCAGAGCCCUGUGCCGUGGCAUCGUGGAGAACCUGUGCUCCAUGUUACCUGUGCAGCACCUGGUGGAGAUGGGAGUGAGGAGGAUCCUGGGCAGUGGGAGUGCUCUAACCAGGAAUGAGGUGCUGAGGCAGGAAGUGGAAAGGAUUUUUCCAUUCCCUGUGGUUUAUGGGAAGGAUGUGGAUGCUGCUGUGGGGGCAGCUAUGGUGAUGUUCCAUAGUAAAUAAAGUCAUUAUUUGGAAUGGCCUGA